UCCCUUCUAUAAAUACCCUUUAGCUCUCUCUAAAUUGUGUCAAUUCAUAAUCUCUUUCUUCUUCAUUUUUUCUCUUUGGUUUUUCAUUGCUUUAAUACCAUUGAUUAAAGCUAAAACCAUAAGUUGCAUAGAAUGAACGAGGUUAGUAUGUUGGAGUUGAGCUUUUCUCAUCAAUAUCCUCGAACUUCAAGCUUUACCUGUCUUAACUCAUGCUUGACGGAACACUGGGGUGAUUUACCUUUGAAGGUUGAUGACUCUGAGGACAUGAUCAUCUACAACUCCCUUCACGAAGCUCUCAACUGUGGUUGGUCUCCCUCGGAUUCAACUGUUGCAGCCGCCGUUAAAGUCGAGCCUGAGGUGAUGACACCGGUUAUGGAAGUGAAACCAACGGGGUUGACUCAAUUACCUGUAGCUACUACUGCUGCAACUCAAAUGUUAUUUGGAAGUGCUUUCAUGGGAAUAAAUAGCGAACAUGGAAGUUAUUUUUUGAUGGGAAAACACGAAGAGUGCUUCCGAAAUGGGCAUAAAAAAGUUGUUAAACGGAGACAUUACAGGGGAGUUAGGCAAAGGCCGUGGGGAAAGUUCGCGGCGGAGAUCAGAGACCCGGCUAAGAGUGGGGCAAGAGUUUGGCUAGGCACCUACCACACUGCUGAGGAAGCUGCCUUGGCUUAUGAUCGAGCUGCUUAUAAAAUGCGUGGGUCCAGGGCUUUGCUUAAUUUCCCAGACAGGAUUGGCAACAAUGAGCCUGAGCCCGUUAGAGUCACGGCUAAGCGUCGGGAACAUGAUCAGUCAGCUUCGUUGUACGAUAGUCCCUCUCCUAAGAGAAGGAGAAGCUUGGCCACGGACCAAGCCAAGUCAGAGAGAGACAUGGGGUUGACUGUGUUUCAAUUGGGGAUAAUGCCAGUUGGAGAACAGUUAUUGGUGAAUUAAAUGUCUUCUAUUUUCCCUGUUUGUUUGUUUCUUGUACGAUGAUGUUAUGAAUCGAAAGAAAAUGGACUCAGUCAGCUUUAACUUUUGAGUUUUGAGUAUGUAUCACUCUUACUUUUUCUUUGCUUUUGCUCACAUUUGGAGAAUGGGAAGUAGGCUUUGGUGGGGCUUGAACCCUAUGCGAUCGCCACCCCAAAGGGGCCUGACCACACACAUCAAAGGCUUAGAGGCUAGAGCCUGUGGUCAAGUGUUAUCUUUGAGAUAAAGAAAAAAGGAAUGUAUGUAUGACCGGUUACAUGCAUUUUAGUUUGGAUGGGUAAAGUGGAGCAUUAUCAUAAUUUACCAAUUAGUGGCAAUGGGUAAAAUAUCCGAGCCACUUCUAGCUAGCUUUAUGCUUUAUUAGUUAACAUGUGUGAAUCACCCCAAACCAAAAGGUAACAAUUACAUACCACAUUAAUCACAAGUAGAUUUUAUCAACA